AUGGUCAACCAGAACCUGCCAGGCGUAGUUAGCCGAGGCAUUUACUUCCAUAUCCGUUUUUCCUGGCACCGUGACAUCCACCGUACAGACCUUGGACUAAUUAUAUAUGCUCGUCGCGGCAUCGCAGCCGGAUACGGCUGGUUUGAUCUGGAGCCCAUGCCUGACCAGUUCCUAUUGAAUACUGGUGAGCCGGUUCUGAGCUUCCACGUGAAUGGACCUUUCAUGGAUGAGCCGGACCAGUUGCGGGCUGCUGACAAUGUCCUGGCACGGUGGGAGGCUGACCUUCGGGCUGGUCUUCCACUUGCCUUUGACCGCGGCGAGCUUUUCCUUGAGGAAGGAGGCACGCGGAACUAUGUGGUUGUUCCUGAUAUGCGCGAGGUGGAGUAUUAUUGA